AUGGCCGCACGUUCCACUCUGGAACGCACGGCUAUCUUUAACAGUAUACAGUGGGAUGUUCUCAGUCGGUUCGGUCCGGCCAGGGAAGGGGGGGCAGUCCAGCAGAAGAAUCAGAGGCACAAUAAGGAUAAGGAUCAACGGUUCUCCCAGGGCCGCCAGUUUUUGGGCAAAUCCAUGAGCAGCUGUCACACCUCCUUGCUAAGUACCCCGGAGGACAAGGACCAGGCUUUGCAGAGGCACCACGACGACCUGAUUAACCUGGUGCAGAAGUUGCUGCGCUCAUGGAACCAACCCCUGCAGCAUUUGGCGCUGGAGGCUCCAGACAACAUGGCGAGUAAAGUGAAAGAAGUAGAGGAACACGCUAAGAUCCUGCAGGGAGGGAUUGAUAGGAUUGCUGGAAGGAUGCAAAGCAAUCUGGGAGAUGACUUCUACCCUCAGUGGUUCGGCCCGUUGGAUCCCAGGAUGCCAAAAGGAGAUUCGGAGAGUUACGCCCUCUAUCACUUGCUGCACUGUUUCCGGAGGGAUUCCAACAAGAUAGACAACUACCUGAAGAUCCUGCGGUGCCGCAUGGUGCAUGCCAGCAACUGCUAAAGGCGCCACUUGGGCGUCACUCUGUCUGCAAUGUCACCUCUAUGGUUAGACAUCCUAGCUCUGUUCUUUUACUGCACUUACUCCUUAUCUAGGGAUGUGCCGACUGCAUUACAUAAGAUAGGAGUACAUCAAGGGACAUAUUUAUUAUAGUGUGUAAGCCAGCAUCAGAUCUUUGCUUUUG